UUUUGGGCUAGUUUACUCCUUCAAUAUGUGUUCUUUCAAGCUACUAUAAAUAAAACGUUGAAAAUGUACACAAAGAUGUUUAUUUUAAUACAUUUUGGCUGCAUCCGAAUACUCGUACUUGCAUACUAUAUAGUAUGCAUUUUGUAGUAUGCGAAAAAUCUAGCGCGUCCGAAUACUGUAGUAUGCAUUCUGUAGUACGGAAGUCAUUUCCGAAUGCAUACUACCGCCAAAGUGAACCACGGACCACACUACGCUAUCCCACAAUGCAACCGGAGUCUGGUAACAAACGAAGAAGAGAUGGCUGACCCGACACCACCAACAGCGGCUCCCGCAAAUUUCGAAACAUUGAAAUGUAAGUACAACAUUGAAAUGUUAGUACAAGUAUUAAAUGUUUCUUUAAUCGGUCAUUACGAAAACUGUGCCGUCUUUCUUGUCAUGGUAAGGUCAAACCUUGAUCUGUUUUUCAGGCUAACGUAAAUGCUACGUGUUAGCAGCUAUCUAUCGACAAUAAUAACGUAAUUUCAGGUAGUAAACUAGUGCCGUUUUGUUAGUCCAUCGUAGCUUGUGUUUGCUGUGGAUAUAACAUUUAUGUUGGUUUAUAUGAUGGCUUAACGAUAGGUUACGAUUGUUAAAUGCGUGUUGCGUUCAUACGACAGUCUCGGCAUCUGUGCAAGCACGCGAGUGCCUUGCACAGAUUGAGAGUGAGAGAGAUAUCAACGUACCAAGUGCCAAACUAGUAGGCAAUAAACUCACCAAUGAAUUACUUUGGCUGAAUAUCUGAUUUGUCAUAAUUUGCUUUGACGCAGGGACUGACGAGGACACCCGCCAUCUUAUAGCCUGGCGGGCAGCUAAUGCAAUGCUAUUCACGGGAGUGAAGAAAUCUGCUAAGGAUGGCUUUGAACAAUUUAUUAAAGACAAGGGGCUGGGGGGGAAGAUAUCCACCCAGCAGGUGAAGAGGAAGUGGGAAAACCUCACCGCAAGAUACAAAAUAGUCGUGCCCGUGAGGUGCUGCCACACGAGGCCCAGCAGCAACGGCAGCAGCCAGGAUCGCACGUGCAUCAUCCCCUCGCCUUGUCUCAAUGACCCUCUCGCCUGCAGGACCAUCAUUGUCACGCCCAUGGUCAUCCUCCACAAUGUCUGGCUCAACAAGGUCUCCGUUGGCAACGCAGACAUUGUGCAGGAUGGCACAACAUGUGACCACGUAAGGGACAAAGGUGGGGCUGACCUCCAGUGCCUUAAAGAAAAUGGACCGCCACCUCGCCUUCAUCGUCCCGAAUGCCCUCUCAAUGACAUUUCUCGCCCGUGCGUGCCUACGGUUGUAAAGGGCACGCACAGGGUCUCGGACUGGUUCCCUGUAAGGGGUCAUUAUGCAAGUUGGGCUCGUCAAACACGGAUACCCACCAUCCCCAAGGAUGCACCGGCCCUCAGGUGGGUACAAGGCCUCAUAAUAGACCGGACUGUUCCUCAGCACCCUUGAAUCGUGGACAGAACCUGUGAAUCCAACAAAGACAUCGAUGAACCUGCCUCGGUGGUCACAGAUGACCUGCAUCUGGAUUGAAUGGAAAAGCUUCCGGUUGAAGUAGCAGGCUCCAUCUGCUGCUGGGGGCUUCACACGAAUGUGGCAAUCAUCUAUGGCCCCCACUGCCACAUUGAAUGCUUGCGAACCAGCCGAUGCCGCAAAGCCAUUCCCAACUUCCUCCAGGUCCUGGGGAUUUCCAACUUCCCUCCGGAGAAGGCCCACAAUAGCCAUGCAUGUCCGGUGUACCAUGUCGAAGACCGUGGACCGUGGGAUGUCGAAAGCCCUCGACACCACUGGAUAAGUGGUAGCAUGGGCAAACCAAUAAAUGAAUACCAACACGUUGAUCUCUAUUGGCCAACCAUGGUCCGAGUCAGACCCCAGCAUUCCAAUAAGGGCUGUGAUGGUCUCCCGAGACAAGCGGAGAUCUCGCUUGAGGUCUCCACCAUUGUAGUAGAGACGAAGGAUGGGCACAUGCAGAUUAACCUCACGAUAGGAUGUGGGAUUUGCACCUUGAGCCUGUAGAUAGACAAAAUGAAUGAUAGAAUAAUUCUUUAUUUUUUUUGUUCAACAUGUACGUUAUUUGUGUGUGUGUGUUCAAUAAAAAAGGAAAAAUUAACUUCAAUCGUCUUUUUCACGGAGUAACAAAUAACUGUAAAUGUAUUAUUAUUCCAAAAAAAUGACGUACCAAAUGUCCACAUAUAUACAACAUAACCUGCCGGUAAGUCGCUCUACGAGAUGACCGACGACGACGCCUUCUAGCAGAGAUAUCAAUUUCAAGAGCCAUUCGCGUAGAAAGAGACUUUUUUUUAUUCAAUAGCAACGAUAAUGAGACGGAAAACAGGUACAUUUUGCCGCCAUCUGGGGGGAGAUACGUCAUCUCCAAACAUCCGGUGGAGUUUCGGCGGUGUGCGGAAGCGUUCGACGCAUGUCUGUAGACCGUACUACACAGUCAAGUGUAGUAUGGUCAAGUAGUAGACACUAGACAGAAAUAGUAUGUACUAGGUAUUCGGAUGCAGCGUUUGUUUACUUGCAGCAGUAAGUUACUCCCGAAUUUACCAAGAAGUUAGCAUUCCAACGCGACAUGCCGAGUUUCGCCUGUUUACUGAAGACUUUCGUGUCCGGUAUUGUUGUAAAGCUCCGAGUCCCCUGCACAAUGAUCUGUUCUCCAAAUAAGGGCAUUUCCUUUCUAUCAGUAACCAAUCGUGAAUGUCCAACGGGGGUUUUAAAGCUAAUGACGAAAUCUCAUUGGCUAUUGCUGAUUUCUACUAACGUGAUUCGCUCAGACGCAUCACGUGGUGUACUUUGACACUUCCGUGUUUAGCUUACCGCGGGAGCUUCCAAAAUGCCGAUACCACCGCAAAUGACAAGGGAGAGAAAAAAGCAAUUGGCCAUAGCAAGAUGUGGAAAGGGAAGGCGAUCUAUUGGAUUAGCUGUUAAAACACCAGCAAGCAGCACAUCUGAUCGUAAGCUGUCAUUGGGAAAAC